AUGGAAUCAAAAAUCUGGCAACAAGUUGUCGCAGAGAAGCGACGGCAACGGACCCGUGCCAUCUCUGCCUUUGUAACCAAGAACCUAUCAGACAAAGACGACACUCAGGAUGCAUACAACGCCAUUACCCAAGUCGAUGAUAUCACCAUCUUGGCCGAUAAGAUUUCGAGUGGAAAGCUCAGGAGUCAAGACACAAACUGCCUGACCGAAACCCUCUUCGAUGAUGCUCUGGAACAGGCUCAAGAGCUUGAUGCGUAUUAUGCUAAAGAAAACAAAACAAAAGGACCUUUGCACGGAGUCCCAAUAAGUCUGAAGGAUCAGUUCAAUGUCAAAUGCUAUGACACCACCCUUGGCUACACAAGCAAGUCCUUCAAGCCAGCCAACGAUGAUGCCGUCCUGGUAAAGAUCUUGAAGAAGCUAGGCGCCGUCAUCAUCUGCAAGACCAAUCUCCCCCAGAGCAUAAUGUGGGCUGAGACUGACAAUCCUCUUUGGGGGUUAACCGAGAACCCGAUCAUUCCCGGAUAUACACCUGGAGGAUCCUCGGGCGGGGAGUCGGCGCUGAUUUACUCUCAUGGGAGUCUCGGAGGUUUCGGAUCAGAUUUGGGCGGUAGCAUCCGCAUGCCAGCUUCUAUGAUGGGUUUGUAUGGUUUUAAGCCAAGCAGUUCAAGAUUGCCAUAUGGAGGCGUUCCCGUCUCAACCGACGGACAAGAGCACGUCCCAUCAUCCAUCGGUCCCUUGGCACGCUCCCUGUCGACCAUUUAUCAUUUGACAAAAGAAAUUGCCCUCCAGGAACCCUGGAAACAAGACUGUCAUUGCGUUCCCAUCCCAUGGCGCCAGUCUGAAUAUGACAUGACCGUGAAUAGCAAGCUAACGAUCGGUGUUCUGUACGACGACGGCGUCGUGAAGCCUCACCCUAGUAUCGUCAGGGUUCUUGCGCAAGCUGCAGCUGCCCUUGCCGCUGAUGGUCACGAGCUUGUAAUGUGGAAGCCUGACUUGCACGCAGAGUGCAUAGAGGUAAUGGAUGCCUACUUCACAGUUGACGGUGGAGAAGACAUUCGCCGUGAUGUAGAGGCAGGAGGUGAGCCUUUCAUCCCGAGCGUGGAGAGGCUUGUGAACAGGGGAAAGCCUAUAUCGGUGUUUGAUUAUUGGCAACUCAAUAAACGGAAACGACAACUUCAGCAAGCCUAUCUUGAGAAGUGGAACAACACACUCUCCAAAAAGGGAAAGACUGUGGAUGCCAUUAUAAUGCCGGCUCUACCGCAUGCAGCUGUACCUCACAACACUGUCAAAUGGGUUGGAUACACCAAGGUCUGGAAUCUUUUGAAUUAUACGGCUUUGGUCAUUCCGGGAGGAAAGGUUGAAGCUAAGGAUCUUGACGCCUUGUGGGAUCACGAGCCGAGGAACGAGCUGGAUGAGUGGAAUACCCGUCUUUGGGAGGAUAAUAUGCACGAUAUGGUCAAGCACCACCUUCCUGUGGAUAUACAGGUCGUGGGGCGGGUUUUGGAGGAGGAAAAGAUUCUAGCUGUUGGCAAGGUACUGGAUGAUUUGUUGCGCACUCAUCUACUGGAGACAUAA